CCACCCACCUAAUUCUCAUUAAUUGGUCAUCACUAUAUACAAGAAGUCUUCUAAUGUCACUUUCUUCUUCCACCUUUGUUUCCACGUUCUACAAUUAAAAGAAACAAAGAUUCCUUUCUGCUCCAAAAACAAUGGAAAGCAACCAAUCGGCUAAAGAGAUCACGGUGGAAGUAGAAGAGUUCGAGGACUUGCUGCCUGUGAUGGCAAAGAAGUUGGAUGUGGAGACCUUUGUGUCGGAGUUGUGUGGGGGUUUCAAUCUCCUGGCUGACCCAGAAACAGGUUUGAUCACUGGUGAGAGUCUCAUGAGGAAUUCAACUCUGUUGGGUAUGGAUGGGAUGAGCAAAGAGGAAGCAGAGACCAUGGUUAGACAGGGAGAUCUUGAUGGGGACGGGAAGCUCAAUGAAACUGAGUUUUGCAUCCUUAUGGUGAGGCUUAGCCCUGGGAUCAUGGAAGAUGCUGAGGCCUGGCUUCACAAGGCACUUGAACAAGAGCUCACCAAAUCCUCAACUUAAAAUUCCACCCUUUAGAAAUCAAUUGUAAGUUAUAUAUACAUCAAUAAGUGUGUGUGGCUGUGUACAUGUGUCUUGUAUGUAUCAUGCAAGUUAAAUAUACUCAUUUGACACUCCAUGAAUGCUUUCUAAAGGGAAUUUGAGUAUAAUAAAAUGAAUCUGUUCAGUUUGUUCGAUUAUA